UCUCACAAAACAAAACUCGAUUUGUAACUCUCACACCAUUUCCACUCAUAUCCCAUAAGCACCACCAUGGCUCCACCUAAAGAAAUUUCGACCCUUAUUUACCACAGUGGUCACAUUGUAGACGAUCCAGUUCAAGGAUCGACGUACCAAUGUACGACCCCAAUAUUUUUUUGCGCCAGUCGUUCUAUUAUGUUUACACAAUUCAUUCAAAAAAAUAACAAUCGUCUUCCUACUCGAGCAACUGAACAAGUUGCUCAAUUGUUAUUUCGUGUCCCUAUUUCAAUUCAUCUCGGUCAGACACGUUUCAUUUCAGCUCAACUAUUCGACAAUGAUGAUCUUAGAGGCGCGAUGGAAAAAAUUAUCCAGAAUCCACAAUUGAAUUAUGCCGAAUUCUAUGUUGUUACUGAGCUUAUUCCUCAACCACAACCAUCGUCUCCACAACCCUCAUGUCCACAACUACAACUACCGCCUCCACAACAGUUACCGUACAACAACAUAGACCUCAAUAAUCCAGUAUCUUCAUACAACAACCUUGAAUCACAAGACCCCUUUGACAUUUAUACUUCAUACACACAAAUAUUAUCCGAGAAUGAUUCCUUUUUUAAUGGCCAACAAACCUCCUUUGACCAACAAAACCAUCCUUCAUCCCCCUUUACGCCACCUUCACAGCUACCACAAACGCAAACAUUAAACCGAGAUGAACAUCUCAUUGCUAACGAAGAUCUCAUUAUACGAUUUCAUCAUGAAAACAUGGAUGAUAUUAGUGAGGAUGAGGAUCAACAGUUCUUUGAUCACAUCAAUCAGCAAAGUGAUGACCAAACCGAUGACGAGGGUGUUGGCAGGCCAACGACACCCCCGUCACCUCCGUUGCAAUAUCAGCAACCUAGGUGUCCAGUAGACUUGAACUUUGACCACCUACCACACUAUAUUGAUCGACACCAUUUUGUUCAUCAGCAACACAAUGUACAACCACCAGUCGGUGUACUCAAGGUUGGCAUGACCUUUGAUGACAAAGCACAAUGUAUUCGAGCAAUCAAAGAAUACAACAUCAGAAAUCAUUUUGAUUACAGAACAAUUUACUCUGACCAAAGAAGGCUAAACUUCGUCUGCAAGUUGCAUAAAAAUGGUUGUACAUGGAGCUUGGGCGCAUGCAAUUCAAAGAGGCAUAACAAAUGGAUUAUCAUGAGUAUCAGAGGUCAUCACACUUGUCUCGUGCCGAUGCUCAGACAAGAUCAUCGCCAACUCGACAAACACGUCAUAGCACAGAUCAUCCAACCAAUUGUCAAAACAAACCCAACCGUCUCCAUCAAGACGUUGAUUGCAGAGAUCAAAACGUUCAUGAAUUAUACCCCAUCCUACAAGAAGACAUGGUUAGCAAAGCAAAAAGCUUUGGAGAUGAUUCAUGGAAACUGGGAAGAAUCAUAUGCCAAACUGCCAAAACUUUUCGAAGCUUUGCAAUCUUGUGUUCCCGGGACAGUGGUCGCUGCUCAAACAGAAUCCUUGUAUGAGGGGGGAGAAAUAGUACCGGGCAAAAGAUUGAUUAAAUGUGUCUUUUGGUCAUUUGGUCCAUGCAUUAAUGGUUUUGCAUAUUUCAAACCCAUUAUACAAGUAGAUGGUACAUGGCUUUAUGGAAAGUAUACUGGCACACUGUUGAUAGCUACCAUACAAGAUGGAGCUAACUAUAUCUUCCUGAUUGCCUAUGCCAUUGUAGAAGACUGACACCCCUCAAUUAUAAGUUCCUACAACAACCCAAGUAACUUAUGGGUCCAGGACAGAUCCCAUUUCUUUUGCCUGCGCCACAUUGCAAAAAACUUUCUUCGUGGUAACUCAAACUGCAAACAUUUAAAGAAACCACUUAUGUUGGCUGGUUACGCAUACAUGGAGAAGAUGCACUGGCGACAUCUUGGGGAUAUUCGUGCGAAUAAGCCAAGUGCAGCUGAAUGGCUUGAUCAAUUACCCAAACAAAAAUGGGUACAAUGCUUUGAUUAGGGGAAACGUUGGGGACAUAUGACUACCAAUUUGUCAGAGUCUGUUAAUUCCAUAUUCAAAAACACAAGACAUUUGCUGGUGUCAUCGUUGGUUGAGGAGACGUAUUUCAAGAGCACACAACUUGUUGCUAAUAGAGGUCGACAAACUCAGGCAAUGAUCAACUCCGGCUCACAGUAUUCUGAAGUCGUCUUUGAUGCAAUCAAUAGUGGUCAACAAGAAUCUAAUACACACAUUGUAAAUGAAUUCGACAGACACAAUCACACUUUUAUUAUAACAGAGACUCAAUUCCCACUUGAAACACCCAGACCACCUGGAAGGUUUAGAGUAAUGUUACAAUCCCAAAAGUAUGAUUGUGGUGAAUUUCAGGCUAAACAUUUAUCGUGUUCUCACGUCAUGGCUACCUGUAAAUCUGUCAAUGUUGAUCCCAUGACCUAUGUGCCAAUGAUAUUCACUUUACAACACAUUUUGCACAUCUACGACAACUCCUUUGAUUUAUUGCCACACGAAUCAAUGUGGCAAGAAUAUGAAGGAGAUCAGUGGGGUCCUGAUCCAAGGAGAAAGAGGACUGCAAAGGGUCGUCCCGUUUCAACUCGCAUUCCUACUCAGAUGGACGAAGACGAAAAUGAACGAGCAAAUAGAAAAAAAUGUGAACUUUGCCGACAACAUGGUCAUAGCAGAAAUAAUUGUCCUAAUGUAUCCUCAUCUUAGUUUUUCCUUAGACAAAUGUCAUUGUUUAAAUAUUUUAUUGAUGACGUAGUAUAAUGUUCUUAUAUAAAUAAAUUGUUAAAAGCUUUAGUUUUA